GUAGGAGGAGGGGAGGGGUGACGGGCUGCGAGUAACCUCAACGCGUCAGUAGGAAGGUGUAGCUCUCAGGGAGAGGAUGACGGCUCGCUCCUGUGUGUUGUUGCUGACUACAGCACUUCUCUCUCAGCCUCUUCACCAGGUCGAUGGAGGCAAAAUAUUCUUCCCCGAAUCAAAAGCAACGGUUAGGCAACUCCUAACAGUGGAGAAACAUCUCCCAGCAGGUGGAGAAGAGUCCUUAAUAGCGGAGGAUCAGCCCCUAGCAGCGGAGGAUCAGCCCCUAGCAGCGGAGGAUCAUCCCAUACCAGAAGAGUUCGGAUCCCGCGAGCAACGAGGGUUUUGGGAGAGCGACCUCUUCUUCCUCCAAAAGUUGUCGGGACUCUUCGGUGGUGAUGACGAACCUCAGCCUCAGCGCCGCAAGACCUCGAACCUGCGACCCGAACCCUUGCCGCCGCAGAUCCUCUACUCCCAACGCAGGAAGGUCACCAACACGCCUGGGCACCACAAUCAAGUGAAGCAGGGAUCGAGACUUCCUCCUCGGACACGCUUCCCAUCGUCCCACCAGGGUUCACAGGUGUUGAGGGCGCCACAACAUAAUAAUUCUCCCGUGUUCAGGCCACCUCGUCAGACUGUGCGGGUUACUGCCCCUCCUAACCACGUCGUUCCGCCUCCUCCCGAUAACUCUGGUCAGUUUUCACAAAACCAGCAAGUUGCUUUCCACCUCCCGCCCCCGCCGCCCACGCCCCCGAAAUCUGAUUCAAAUUUCCCCAUUAAGGAAUCGACAAAUUUCCCAUACCAGUUUGUGAGGCCUGGAAAUGACCUUCCUAUUAACAACAACAUUUUGCCGCAUGUUUCAGCGUCUGCCCCGCCUGGAAAACACCUGUCCUCCAACAACAAUUUCCCACAGAGUGUUCUAAUCACUGCCCCGCCUAGAAAUCAUCUACUUUUCACUGGUAACAUUUCCCCACAGCAUCUUCCCGUGUCCGGCCCGCCCCGAGCGGAUACGCUUCGCCCUAAUCUUCCUGGAGCACCACCGCCUCGCGCUGUUUCAACCCAUUCGAACACCUUGAAAGCUCCUCUGCCACUCCACUCGAACACUCGCCGGCCUCUUCCUCCACCCCCUAAGACAGUCAAACCCAAAAAGCCAACGAUGUUGGGAAGUCUGUCGGACUUUUCUUCAGGGACCUUUGGCAAUAUCCAUCACCCCCAGAAACACCCUAGACCAGCACCACAUCCCCAGAGAGUCAUCAUCCCAGCCAACCCAAAACCCUCUCUGAAGAAGGACUUCAAACCGAGUCUCGAGUUCAAACCCAGUCCUCAAGAAGGAAAAACCGCGUCCGAUGCCUUCCAGCCCGUGUUCGUAGCUUCCCCUUUCAUGGACGACUUGGGAGACGAUGUCAUGAAACCCAUGAAAGUGGCUUCAGUACGCUCUCUCCCCGUCCAAUCCACCACUCUACCUGAACUGCAGGAUUUCUUCUGAAAAAAGUGAAUGAAUGAAUGAAAUGCGAAGAUAUUUAUUUUUAACGUAAACGGCAGAGAGAGAUGAGACACUUUUUUUGUUCCCAGUCAUGAACGAGGAUUGGGAAGAAUAGUAUAUAAAAUGAAUUCUAUUUAAUAACUAUUAUUAAUUAAAGAGGAUUUCCAAUAGUGAAUCCAGAGACAGUUGAACUUGGAUGGAUGUCGGUGUUGUAAAUGUAGAAUGUUAGCCACCGUGUUAUUAUCUCCUGCAUAUUAAGCUGGUUGACUGUUACUGAGUUGUGCCUCAUCUGUUGCUUACAAAAUCCGCUAAAGUAUCAACACAAGAGUGAAUUUUGAAUGAAGUGAUUAAAGUUGAUUUUUAGUGAAAUGCGCACGUUAAAAAAAAUCUUAUUUCAUUAUUUCUUUGCAAAUUAUUAUACUUUGCGCUCGUUAGUUAAGUUUUGAAUAUCAUUGCUUAGACCCUUUAAUACACUGUCUGUUAAUAUAUUCCAUUGGUAUGCUGAGUUAAAACAAUUAGAUGGUAAUUAUAAUUAUGAAAGUAUUGUGCAGUAUUUUGAAACAUGAAAUUUUAGACAGUAUGGUAACAUGUUAGUUUUUAUUUAAACGGCAAAUGUCUCAACAUAGAAGUGAUCUAAAAUUGUCUCAUAUUCUGCUCUGUUGUUUACAGAAUGUAUGAUUCUAUGUCCUCCGUCAUUUCUAACUAACGUAUUUUAUUUAUUUUGUAAUCAUUGAUGUUUGCUACAUUUUGUAUAUGUAUUAAUUAUUCAAUUUUCACCCAAUCCAUUUCAUCCAUUCCUGUAUCCCUCAAUCUUAAGUCACUCGCUAAUUAUGCAUUCACGUUCUUAUACAACACCUACCUCUGACGUCCUCCAGAUGACAUCUGGAACUUUGACGAUGAAAAGAUUAGGCGAAGCUGCGCCUGCGGCGGCUUUCAACAAGGUAGCGAUGCUGGCUGGCAAGGAAACCCAGAUAAUCUAAAUGACCUUAUUAGCCUUUUUUUUAUUGCACUCCAGAUGCGCUUUUAUACAGACCCACCUUGGCACCACUUCUAUUAUAUGGUUUGCCGGACGUGCUUGUAUACCACUUAUCGUUAUUGAACAUAUCCUUGUCAGACACAGUUUCCUGGAGUGGGCCAGGCUUGCUUUGUGAUUAAUUGGCUUAGCCUUCCAAGCCUUGCCCUUGGCUCCCCAAGCUUGGCCUCGGGCCGGGCUUGGGGAGUAGAAGAACUCCCAGAACCCCAUCAACCAGGUAAUUGAUCUUUAAGCUUGCUGCUUGGUGCGGCUCGCAGGCCCAUGUAUCCAUUACAACAUAUCUGAUUCAGCUUUAUUGUAUACUAGACGACUCUCCCCAUCCCAUUACCACAAAUACUGUCUUAAGACAAGCCAGACAUACCUUGCUGACAAACACGGUACCUCAAGCAAUGUUUUAUUGUACCUGGAAGUACCCUUGUGAGACUUUCUUGUGAUCAGUAAUAAUGUUACUCAUUCAAGAUAUUUGUCAUGACUUUUACAGUAACUUUCUCUCAUGAAACCCCUCAUAUAAUUGUGUUAAUAUUUACACCUUUAUGUUACAUUUUUAAACUGAUGUGUCUAAGCGAAUUUGAUUAUAUAAUUUAUCGAACAGCUUCCAGUACCUUUGAUUCUUUGAUCAUCGUUACCACUGUACACUAUUCACAUUUUUUAUCCUCGUUACCAUUAUUUGGAGAACAUUAUUAUCCCCCAUUCACUGAUACUCGUUACCAAUGGUAUUCAAUAUUCCACACAUUCAUUUGUCCCCAUUACCACUACCACCCAUUCUCAAGUGAUUGUUGGUUUCCGAUAUUUUCUCGUAUUUUGCUAUUCAUCUUUCAUAUUUGAGUAUUUUACCAUCUAAAAUGGUUAUUUCUCAUUGAUACACAUAUCGUACCUCCCUUGUGUCACGUGUUAGGUUAUCGUUUCAUUGUGUUUCACAUGAAUUAUACAAGAUAUGUUUUAUGUACAUAUGUGACGAAUGUGUUGUGUUAAAGACCAGCUGGACUGGUAACAAUUAUUUAUUCUAUCUAUUAA